AUGAUUUUAAAAUUUUUUUUUUUUAGUAUCCUUUUCUUGUUAUAUGCAGAAUGUUAUACUAUAAAGAAAAUAAGAAUUGUCAAAAAUAAUGUUGAUAUAAUAAAUAAAAAUAAGUCAGAUUGGUAUAUUCGUAAAUAUAAAAAAAACUACACUUAUAACAAAUUUAAGAUUAAUUUAUCUAGUGAAUAUAAUUCCAUAAAUAAGAAAACAAAUGAACAAAAUAAUAUUAGUCAACACAUUAAAGAGUUGUAUAAAAAAAAUUAUAUAAAGAUCAAAAAUAGUUUUAUAUAUAUAAAAAACAUUUUAAGCAAUAUAAAAGAAAAUUUAUUUAAAGUAACAUUGAAAAAACAAAUCAUUAUAUCUGUAGCUUUUUUCUUUUUACAUUUUUAUUUACUCUCUGAACAUUUUUUAAUUUUAUUUCCAUAUCAACUAAUACCUAAUCAUUCAAAUAUUUUAAUGAGUUUAGAUAUAAACAAUACACUUUUUCUUUUAUCAACAAUUUAUUUUUUAAAAGACAUAAAAACAAAUUUUCAAACAUUUAGAAAUAAAUUAAAAUUAAAUAGAUUUAUACUAGAUCUACAGGAAAACAAGAGAAAAAAUAUUUUGUCUAUAUCGGUCUUAUUAAUAGCUUCAUACAUUUUAUCAGGAUAUGCUUCAAUAUAUACGGAAAAAGUUUUAAGCAUCUUAAAACUUGCGAAUAUCACGUUUAAUGAAAAUAUUAUAAAAUCACUACAGAUUUUAUCGGGACAUUUUAUUUGGGUAUUUUGCAGUUACCUUACGUUUCGUAAUUUAUUAUACCCUUAUUUUAAGAAUAAUAAAAGCAAUUUAAAUUUUCGAUAUACAGACAUAUGGUAUUUUAAAGUGAUAUAUGGAUAUUUAUUUUCACACUUUAUAUUUAAUAUAGUAGAUAUUUUUAAUAAUUUCAUUUUAAAUUAUUUUACAAGUGAUGAUAUAUAUUCUGAUAACAGCAUUGAUGAAAUAGUACAUGAGAAAGAAUUUCUUUCUACAUUUCUAUGUAUUAUAAGUCCAUGUUUCAGUGCUCCAUUUUUUGAAGAAUUUAUUUAUCGAUUUUUUGUUCUUAAAAGUUUAAAUUUAUUUAUGAAUAUUAAUUAUGCUGUUGUUUUCUCAUCCUUAUUUUUUGCUAUACAUCAUCUUAAUAUAUUUAAUUUAAUACCCUUGUUUUUUUUAUCUUUUUUUUGGUCAUAUAUAUAUAUAUAUACAGAUAAUAUUCUUGUCACAAUGUUAAUACAUUCAUUUUGGAAUAUUUAUGUUUUUUUAACGUCAUUAUACAAUUAA